UUGACUAAAUAUUUUCAAAGCACAUUGUGUUGAGUGAAACGUUAUAUAUAACAAAUAGUGAGAGUAAUAGAAAAUUGUUUUGGAUGACUGGUCCAUAAUUGCCUCAAGGAAAGAAAGUAUACAAUGAAACAAGUUCGUUUGAUUACUUCCUCAGUAAACACAAUAGGGAAAGUAGAGAAAAUAGUCUGUGAACACCAUGAACAGAGAACAAGAAGACCUGAAGUGUAAUGUUGGAGAAAUGACAACUUUAGAAAAUAAAAAUAACAAAAGAGAACACCUAGAAUAAUGAGAUACAUGAGAGGCAAACAUUCACUAGAGCUGGAGCCUUACUAAGUGUGCACAGAGAUUAAGUAGCAUAUUUGAUCUUCACCAUGAUUAACAAGUAUUUCUUUGAGACUGUGGUGGUCCUGCUGUCCUCGUCCAUGAUCUUCUCCCUAGAACUGAAAUUAGUUCACUUCCAACAAAGAAUGAACAGAGAAAGUUUAAAACUCUUGAAUACAUUGUGGAGCUCUUCGAUUCAGCAGUGUCUACCACAUAGGGCAAACUUUGCACUUCCCCAGAAGUCUAUGAAUCCUCACCAGUACCAUAAAGGACACGCAGUGGCCAUUCUCCAUGAGAUGCUCCAGCAGAUCUUCAACCUCUUCAGGACAAAUCUUGUUCUGGGCAGUUGGGAGGAAAGACACAUGGAGAAAUUCCUCAUUGAACUUUAUGGACAGCUGGAACAUCUAGAGACAGCACUCAUGGGACUGGAAGCAGAACAAAAGAGUGGCUCCUUGGGUACGGAGAACCUUAGAUUACAGGUUAAAAUGUACUUUCAAAGGAUCCAUAACUACCUGGAAAACCAGAAAUACAGCAGCUGUGCCUGGACCAUUGUCCGAGUAGAAAUCAUUCGGUGCCUGUUCUUUGUUUUUAGGCUCACAGGAAAGCUGAGCCAAUACAGAAUGGACCCUUGAACCAGGUGAAGCAUGACCUGACUGCAGGCUUUAAAGGCAUAGAGUAGGUGGAG